CGGGUGGGCAGCUACCCCCUGGAUGAAGGAGAAGUUGUCAGUGGGUCACUCUCAGUCUAUCAGUGCCAAAUCCUCACUAUGCACUGCUGGUGCAGCUUGAGAUAUUGACAGCUGACUGCUUGCACCUUUCGAAGUCAGUUGUUGCAGUUGAGUGCUCUUUUAAAUAUUAAUGAGCCAGACCUCCCAAAACUUUUACUGAAGUCGCAUGAUAUGGAUUAAUGUGGAAAAACUUCCUUGACUGCUUAGAACACAGUGAGGAAUCGAGCGUAUGGAUUACAAGUUGGUUGCUCUGUAUCUCAAGGGAAGACAUUUGAGAAGCGGCGGCAUGAAGAUCCGUUCAGAGUUGGAUUGAUGCAAAGUUCGUCUGAAGUCCCGGAGGUUUUUCUUAGGAAUAUGGGAUAUUCUGAAUUUGUGGUUUAUCAGUAUAAAACCUCAUUCCUUAUGGCUUUCAUGCGUUUUCAUAAGUGUCCUCUUUGCUUUCAAUCCGAGAAGCUACUGGAAGUCUUGUGACGCCUGGAGUAAACAGUGGAUACUUGUCUGGAGCAAUUCUGCUGGAUCUAUUGAAUUAACAUCGGAAUUUCUCUGCCCAAUGACAUUUCCAAAGUUGUUAGUUGGGUUCCUUUUUGCAGCGUCUCCUCAUUUUAUUACUUUAAUUUACCGAGUCAUUAACUUAACAGGUCUAGACCAGAACCGGAGGUAUUUUAGUCGCACAGGUUUGUGAGAGGAUGCGGGGAUGCAUUGGAUUCCCGAUGGCCGUCUCGGUGAUAUUGACACUUUUGACCAUCAUCAGCGUGAAGGCGAGUGGAGAAUACUGUCACGGUUUUCAUGACGGUCAGGGCGCAUGGAGAGACGGUUUUCAGUGCCCGGAGCGCUUCGACAGCGCCGAGGCCAUCAUCUGCUGCGGGAAAUGCGAGCUCAGAUACUGCUGCUCCAGCACAGAAGCUCGGCUGGACCAGGGCACAUGUGAUAACGACAAGCAGACACAAGACACCAACACUGGGAACAAGGACGACAAAAAUUCCGGGGCAGUACCCAUCUACGUGCCUUUCCUGAUCGUCGGCUCGGUCUUCGUGGCCUUCGUGCUGGUGGGCUCCGUUGUGGCCGUGUGCUGUUGCCGGUGUCUCCGUCCCAAACACGAGCCUUCAUCAGGCGGCGGCUCAGGAGGAGCAUCCAGCAGCGCCCGCGUCCUCGAGACGAUCCCUAUGAUGGCCAGCACAGGUACGUCGCGAGGCUCGUCCUCCCGCCAAUCGAGCACGGCCACCUCCUCCAGCUCUUCGGCUCCGCCAGCCGCUCCACGUCCCGCACCCGCCCCACUACUACGGGCCCAAGCCUCGUGCUGCCUGCCGCCGGACGCAAGCGUCUACGUAAACAUGCCUACCAACUUCUCAGUGCUAAACUGCCAGCAAGCCACUCAAAUUCUCCCUCAUCAAGGACAGUUUCUACAUCCUCAGUAUAUUGGAUUCGCUCACCCUGUUUCUCCAGCUCCUGCCUUCCUAGAUCCCACUCAAGCGGGCUAUCGCCCAUUGCAGUCUCCGUUCCCUCCGCCAACCAGCGUGGCUAGUGUGGCCAGUGUGACCGGGGAUCAAAAAUACCCUCCUAUCACCAUGUGAAUCCCAAUGGGACCAUCAUAGCAAUUGAAAUCACAAGUUUAGGGCACAAAAUUGAGAGUCAUCACAAAUGAGACUGUCAAACACAACGCUGUGAUAUAAAGGACACCGUGGUUAAAAAAUGACUGGAUGUGUGCCUUGAAAAGUGCUAACGGUACCGUUCUAAAAGAAGCGUGUGUCUGUGUACAUAUGCGAUGUAUAUUUGUGUUGUGUAACCAUGCAUGUGCGCUCUGUGCGUGACUGUAUAGGUGUGUUGGUUUAUAAGAUGCAGUAUGUGAAUAUGUGUGUGUGUAGUGCACUAUAUGUUGUGUGUAAUGGGAAUCACAGGUGCUGUAAUGUGAAAAACAGUCCUGGCUCCCUGUUGGAUGCUUAAAAUCUAAUGAAGUGAACACAGGACACAGACUGUGACGCUCCACCCUCUUGCCCACUGCAACACACGCACAUACAGUAGACACACACACACUUACACUUUCGCAUAUACACACUCACAUUCAGCAGAACCAAAGUCAUUUUCGCUUUGCCAAGGAACUGAAUCGAAAAUAUACAAAAAUAUAGGCCUGUGUUUGGGAAAGCGAUGUGCGAAGGUGUGUGUAGCUGAGAUCAGCGGUCUUCUGAAAGCACCAGAGUCAAUUACGCAGUAAAAACUGUCUGCCAACUGUUCCCCUUCACUAAGUGUCUGCCUUGUGAAAGGACUGUGUAUGUGUGCCACUUUUCUUCCCCUCUGUUAGCAUAAGGUACACUCGAGGAGCACCAAAAGGGUUCCAGGGCAUUUCAUUUGGAGUGGGUUUCUUUCAGCAGGCUCAAAGGCGGCAGUUUAGCGAGGAAAGAAAAGUCCCAGGCUCCUCCAGGAGAAGGCCAUCACCUUUUUGAACAACUGAAACUCCAGCAUUAGAUCUCAGACUGGCAGAAAAAUCACAAUGAAAUUAAACGCUGCCUCAUUGAAAAUCACCAGCCUGAGUUAUUUGGCUUUUAGAGUUGGAAGUUAAAAAGGUAGUUUAUUCCAAAAUGUCAUUUCAUGACGUGAGGAACACAAAAGAAGAUAUUUUUAAAAUGUCUGUUUUUUCCUCCGUGGAACACAAAAGAAUAUAUUUUAAAAUGUCUGUUUUUCUUUUUUUUUUUUUUUUUUUUUGCAGAACACAGAAGUAGUUAUUUUUAAAAUGUCUGUUUUUUUCUGUGGAACACAAAAGAAGAUAUUUAAAAAAAAUGUCUGGGUUUUUUUUUUAUCCAAUGCAAGUCAGUGUUGUUAUCUAAAUCUAGACUAUUAAAAAUCAGUUUUAUUAAUUGAAAUACAGCUGAAAUAAAAUAUAAAUAUUACAUAUAAACUUAGAAAUGUUGAAACUAAAAUGAAACUAAAAAUAAAUGAAAGCUAAACGGAAAUAUUUAAAUAAAAAUAAUAAUAAAAAUGACAAAAAUACAUAAAAUUGCUAAAACCUUAAC